UAUUUUUGACAUAAUGUUUUGCUUGCGCUACUCGUAGAAAGGUUUUGUUCGCGUAUUCAAACACACAAAAACUUGAUUAUAUAUAGUGAAAAUUGUAAUGUGAAUAUAUCUACGUCGUGUUCGACAAUCAUGGGUUUGAAAACCAUCGAUAUCUUGGCGACAUUGUUGCUAAAUUUAAUACAAUACGGUUGCUCGGAGCACAUCCUGUCCUGCAAUGAAUCGUUACUGUAUCAGUGUGGUGCGAACCAGAAGUGCACUGCGGCUACACACCAGUGCGAUUGCCUCGAAGGAUUUAUUCGUGUGGGGGAUGAUUGCGAAGCGUCAGCUGACGACACGGGGUCGGACAACGGCGCUACGAUAGCUAUAGUCACGAUAUUCACGCUCGCUCUGCUCAUUACAGGCGCUGUGCUAGUAGUCAGAAAAUAUAAUUUAAUUGAAUACAUCCGUCAGAAGAUUGAGGCUAGACGGUCUCAUGAUGUCAUGUAUGAAGAUGUUAUGAUUGGCAAUGAUGAUCCACCUCUCAGUCCUUAGGCACGCAUUGAGGAGUAUGUAAUUUAUUUAUGUAGCAUGUUACUGUUAUAAUUAUUACUGAAAACAAUUUGGAAGUGUUUCAAACUGAUUUAAAUGUUAAAUAGGUAGAUUGAAAAUACCCUAAUUCACUGUGCGAGCAAGAGACUUCUAGUAUGUUGUAUGUUUGGUUCAAUACUUUUUAUAUCAGGUAUGAAAAAUCCCUCUUUCCCUGCAACAGGAAAACAUUCAGCUAGAUAUUUGUGAGUUAUAUUUAAACUUAAACUAACAGUUUCGCAAUAACUAAUGUUAUUUUCCUACUGCAUAGUAUGAACAAAGAAAACAGAAAGGAAGAAAAUAAAUGUUUUCCAUUUGUUUAUCCUAUAAGUAUAUAUCCCAUAUUUUAUUCUAAAAAGUGAAGUUGGCAAGAAACCAAAUAAGUGACUUGUACAAUGUAAGUGUACAAAAUAACUAAUGAACAAACAAAUUGAGAACAAGAAAGGUCAUGAGAAACACAUCCAAAUACCAAAAUGUUAAAAUGUAUUAAAAUGAAUAUUUUCUAUGUUGUGGCUAGUCUGUAAGUAAGAACAUGCUCACUCACACAUAGAUACCCGCUUUGUACCCUUUCAUUUGAUGUUGAUUUAAAUAAUUAUGUAAACGAAUUAAGUAAAAGAGUCUUAUCAACAUAUUUUGAGCAUUACUAUUUAACUAAAUAAUCAGUAUAACUAUUUACUUUUACUAAACUUGAGACUUAGGCAAUAAGGUUCAAAUUUGAUUGUAUUCCAAAGUAUUUAUCUUUUGUAUUCAAAGUUCUGUUAUUAAAGUGUGAGUGAGGCAUGUUUACAAAAAUUAGAAUUAGUCAUGUAUUAAUUAAGCAAAAAACUGUCUAUACAACAUGGAUUUCUCAAAUGUCUGUUUGAACUAGAUAGUGCUGUUAUGAUUCAUCAAUCACAUGCCAAUGUAAAACGGUUGGAUUAGUGCAGAAAAUAGUACCUAUCAAUUUCAAGAAUUCAACUAACUGACACAACACACACUUUUAAUUGUGGACAGGAAAGUGCAAUUAUAAAUAGGUAUGUAAAUACCCACAUGAAGAACAGAAUGCUUUGUCAAUAUUUUUCUCUGUAAGCCUUGCUAAGUACACAUUGUUACUACUGUCUGACCGCUGUGUUAUCAUUAAAGCUAUUUAUUUUAUAUCCCUGUGAUUUAUCAACACUAAUUUCUGUUUAAAAAUGAUCAUUGAAUGAAAAUCGUCUUAGUUUGUUGGACUACAGUAGCAGUUACGAGGCACAAACAAAUAGAUUUUCAGUCAACAAAAUAUUUACUAAUUUACAUUGUAACAGAGGUUAAGAGGUGUAAAUUGAGAUCAAAUAGGAAAAUAAAGUAGUGUUAUUUUUUGGUCAAAGGUAGUCACAUUAAACAACUGGCAGUAGACCCAACAAGUAACCCUAAAUUGUAACUUGAGAGAAAUAUUGAAGGUGUUUUUGUAACAUAAUCAGUAUCUUGUAUAAAGAAAACAAUCUUAUCAUUAUAAUUAUGAUUACUAAAGGUAACCAAAAGGUUGUUGAGCCCGUAUCAUAUUUGAAUAUUCGUUAAUCAAUCAACUGUGUCAGAUAACAUUUGAGCUAUUUAAAAAAACAACUUGGUAUGUUAUUUUAUUGAGCUGCACAAUUUAUUGUUCAGGUGGUAUAUGAAAAAGAUUCGGCAAUGCACUAUUAGGUACUUGGAGUGUAAAACUAUGGCAACAAUGGGAAUACAUUCGCAGCAUACAUAAUUAAUUUAAGUUUUUAUUAUUAUCUAGCACAUUCUAGAUCGAUCAUGACAAAAAUCUGAUAAAUUUUAUUCCAUUUUUAAUGUUUAAGUAAUUGUUUAUGCAUGUCGUUUAUUUAUAAGCAUUUAACAUAUUUUAUUUUCACAAAACUUAUCUAGUUUAGAUUACUUUAGAUUUGCUUACGCUCAAUUUAGCCAAAGACUGAAUGGUGUUGCCAGGUAUAAACGAAAUA